AUGGGGGUGCGGGGAGGGAAGUGUGGAGGAGAAGAGAAGAGAAGAGGAGAAGAGAAGAGAAGAGAAGAAAAGAGAAGAGAAGAAAAAAGAAGAGAAGAGAAAAAGAAGAGAAGAGAAGAGAAGAGAAGAGAAGAGAAGAGAAGAGAAGAGAAGAGAAGAGAAGAGAAGAGAAGAGAGAAAGAAGAGAAGAGAAGAGAAGAGAGAAGAGAGAGAAGAGAGAGAAGAGAAGAGAAGAGAGAGAAGAGAAGAGAAGAGAAGAGAAGAGAAGAGAAGAGAAGAGAAGAGAAGAGAAGAGAAGAGAAGAGAAGAGAAGAGAAGAGAAGAGAAGAGAAGAGAAGAGAGAGAUGA